GUACCCCGUAAAGAAGUCCAGCAUUCCUAAAUCUACAAGACCCUUCAACUGUUAUUUACUGCGUAUUUUACACAGAGCUCCGACGAGGAAGCGACAGUUUUGGAAGAUGGCGACGCGUCGAAACGAGAUGUAGAACAAGAAAUUAUUAAACUCACGCAGAAAAUGCUCACAAGCAUCACUACAGGCGAUUUUGAAGCUUAUAGGUAAAAAGAGAUUAUUAUUUGUUUUGCUAGUGCAUGCAAACUUUAAUACAAGGUAUAUAAUAAAGUAAUCCAAUUGCCUUGUGGUAGCAUAGAUAUCUUAUAUACACUAGAUAGCGCAUCUCUUUUAGUAAAAUCGAAGCCAAGAAUAUUCCAGCGGUUACCCCCAUUUGAAUAGAUGGCGGCCAUGUUGGAGUUUCCCACUCGCUAAUAAACGCUUAAAAAACAACAAUAACUUUCAUCAUUUGAAUAGUUUGAAAAUGUAUUUGGAAUAGGUUUAACUUAAUGUUUAAGCUCCCUGUUUAAGAAAUAGAAAACAUACGAGUCUUCUCAUUUCAUGGGAAUAUCCUGAAUCUGCAAUCACGGCUUCAAUUUUUGAAUUGCAGAAUAAUUAGAUGCACUAUCUAGUGUGUAUAAGAUAUCUAUGUGUGGCAGACAUCUUGGCCGAAGCGAGGCCACUGUUGAUAAAUUUCUAUUGAGACAAUGUUUCUCGUUUUCCACCGAUAUGGCGAUAACGAGAAACUGUUAGGCGCUUUCCACUGAAGGCCAGACGGGUCAGACCAGAAUCAUUUCUCGAAAAUUUUGCGAAAAUCGAUCUCCGUCAAACUUAAUCCAAAUUUUCGGAAGUCCAAAUGUAUUGUGUUCCAUUCAACAAUAUGACGUUCUGACCGGUCUCGCCGUGUUAACGGAAAGCGCCCUAUGUCAACAACAUUACAGUAGAUUUGUGUUGGUUUCAUCAAAAUGGCCACCAUUGCCUUCAUUUUUGCUCUACUCGCUUUAGUUUUGCGGUCAAUGACUUAUUUGAACAAUUAUAUUUUGUAGUAAAUUAUGCGACUUCUCAAUGACGUGCUUUGAGCAGGAGACGAAAGGAAAUCUGGUUCAAGGAUUGGAAUUUCAUAAGUUUUACAUGGAAAAUGGUAGGUGACAGGCUUGCAAAUAAGCCUGGAUUUCUUUAGUGAUAUCCAAGAGGAAAAAAGCGAUAUCCUAAAGGGUUACGAAGAUAUCCUUUGGGCUAACUUCCACAAAUUGCAUCCAAGGGGGUCCAAAUUUUUUAUAUCCUAAUGGGAUUACGAAGGGACCCCUCAAUAGGGGGGGGGGGGGCUAUAUUAAAUGGAAUGGCCCAAUGCGAGAUUUUCAUUGGCCUGAGUGACAGCACUGAUGCUUAUAUAAGUGCAACAUGUAAAUGACUAUUCUGUUGCGCAGGAUUUUUAAUUUCCAGACUAAAUCGAUUACAGUUUUGAAAAUUCUUAAGACAGAGUCGAACGAAUGGGGAGCAAAGGUGUAACUCUGUAACUAGUUACAAAAAUUAUGUAAUUUCGCUGUACUGCUCGUAUGUAACCGGUUUGCACAUGUUUAUAUUUUAGUUUACUCGAAGAGAACAACGCCAAUCAAUACAACAUUAUUGACACCUUAUGUGCACGUCUUAAGCGAUGACUCGGCAGCUAUAUGCUAUGUGAGGUUAACACAAUAUCUCGACAGGUAUGAUAAUCGAUGUUUCUAUUUUGUCGUGUUCGUUUCGACUGUUCGUUUGUUUGUUUGGGAACAGGGCGACGAAGGGCUAUAGUCGCCUCAGGGAACACCGUUGCAAUGCCACGAUCUUUCACAAAGCGAAAUUAUAGCCUUCGCAGAGGCCGGUAACUUGUUCUAAACUGUCAUUUUUGCGCGUGAAGUUAUAUAUCGUUCAAUAUGGCGGAUUUUAAAAUACAUUUGGCAAGCAAGGCUUUCUCAGAAAUCCUUUAUGAAGUGGCAAUGCAGAUAGAAUCGAUAGAUCGAGUAUUUCAACAAUAAAAUAUUGAUUUCACAAUUGUAUUUUUUCAGUUCGGGCAUGCCGUUUACGGCCCAAUCCGAGGAGACGCGCGUUUGGCAAAAGAAGUCUGGGCACUGGUUAUGCGUACACUUUCAUCGCUCGUCCCAGGCCUCGUGA